AUGAGGUCUUAUAAGCCGCUGCCGCCGCAAGCGCCGUCGUUCGAGUUCGAGUUCUACACACCCCCGAACUACCCCAGAUACCCACCUCAGAACAAUAUCCAUGGCAUGACGCACAACAACGGAGGGCGGCCAGUCUUUAGUCAUGGCGACAUGAACUACCGGCCUGCGUCACCCAAUCCCAAUGACGCACGGCAUCAACCUCCUGCUCCUCCGACAUACUACAACAACCCCGGGGUUCCCGUACAAGCAGCACCUCAGCUCCCACCUCUCUCCCAAAUCUACAAUGCACGACCGCCGCUAGGCUCAGCGGCACGAUACACACUACCUCCACCACAAGCCAUGCCACCUCGCCCGCGCCGCCACCUCGCCAGCAGCAAUGCUCCGCAUCCCCCCGGCAUUGCAAGAGCCACACGCCAGCACUACUAUCUCCCAGCGCCAGCGCCACUACAGCCGCCGCCGCCGCCGCCUCCCACACCCAUCGCGCCCUGCACCAACCGGCGCUGCCACUUCCACCGCCUCCGCUGCGGUCACGUGCUCAAGACGCCGCUCACCGAGCCGCCCUCCUUCUGCGCCACCAACUGCGCGACGGAGCCCCUGUCCACCGCGUUCCGCGCCCCGUCGUCGUCGUCACUCUCGAGCCAGCGACACCACCCCCGCCCCGCCGCCGCCGCCGCGGACCCAGGCUUCGGCCCCGCGCCCUUCGAGUGCCCCGUCUGCAGGGCCAAGCUGUUCGCCGCGCUGUGGAAGAUGGACGUGCAAGGCCUCCGCAAGCAGAUGCCGCGGAUUCCGUUCGAGGACUUCGCCGAGUGGGUGCAUGACAACUACAACCUCGUGUGGGUGCAGCGGCGCGAGCGGAAGCUGGAGCAGCUGGUCGGGGUGCCGGCGGCGUCGCGGCGCACGUGCGAGCAGCUGGGCCCGGGGGAGGCGGGGAUGGUGGCGUGGCGGCCCGGCGAGGCGCGCGCGCCGUAUCCGGUCGAGGAGCUGCGGAGGCUCUAUGAGAUGAGGGUGGUCGAGCGCGGCUUUUUCGACUGCCGCUGGCAGGAUCAUACGGUGGUGGAGGAUGAGCGCGGCGGCGAGGCGGAGCCCGGCGUCGUUUAUCAGAGCGUGGAGCUGCUGGGGAGGGACUUUUUGGAGCACUGGGCGGUCGUGCGGGAUUGA